AUGGCUGGGAUAGGUCGACGGAAAUACCAUGACGAAGCUACGUUUGGGUACCGUGUGCCUGCCAAAUACACCUUGCCAGAUUAUACGCAGGAAGAGCUGGAUAAUAGGAACGCCAACGCACCUCUGCUGCGAUACGUCGAGAUGUUUCGCAAGCAUGGUCAUAGAGCAGCGAGGGUCGAUCCGCUAGAUCUGAUGAACAGGGAUGAAGUGGCUGCGCUCUCCUCCUCCCGAUACGGACUUGAUUCCUCCACUUCGUACCCUCUCCAAGGCAUCCUUCAUGUUCCUUCAUCUUCUUCCAAGCCUCAGUCACCUAAAGAAGCUUCGACCGCCGGACCUCCACGUACAGAAUCAGGAGAAGGGACAGACGUAUCUUGGAAUCUAGAGAAAAUCACUGAACACCUCAUGCGCACUUAUGUCGAUCGUAUAGGAUACGAGUAUAUUCACUGUCCCGACAAGGAUGAGAGGCUGUGGUUCUCGCAUCAUAUAGAGACAAAUUCAUCCUCUUUCCCUUCACCUCUACGAGCUGAGCAGAAGAAGCGUAUCUGGGAGCUUCUGUCGAGGAGUGAACAACUCGAUAGGUUCUUGGGCAAAAAGUUCCCCAAUCUGAAGCGAUACGGAUGCGAAGGCGCAGAAAGUAUGCUUCCGGCUCUUGGCACGUUGUUCGAGCUGAGUGCGAAGUCCGACAUAUCUUCCGUCAUCGUUUCCUUGCCUCAUCGUGGUCGACUCUCGAUGCUGUGUGACCCUGACCUUCUAAGCUACUCCCCAACUGCGUUGUUCUCCAAGAUCAAGGGCAGACCCGAGUUUGACCCGUCAACAGCGCCAGGUGCCACGGGCGAUGUCAUCAGUCAUUUGUCUGCGGUCAAAGAGCUGAAAUUCGGAAACAGGAAGGUCGAGGUUGAGGUUCUGCAGAAUCCAAGUCAUCUUGAGGCGGUUAAUCCUGUCGCACUCGGUGUCACUCGAGCGAAACAAAUGUCCCUCAUCAAGACCUCGCCGGCCGACUGUCAACUUGGCGAUCGAGUCUUGUGCGUACAGCUUCAUGGAGACGCCGCCUUCGCAGGUCAAGGCGUCGUUGCCGAAUCCCUCGGACUUUCCGGGCUCCCUCAUUUCGGCAGUGGUGGAACAGUUCACAUUAUCGUCAACAACAACAUUGGAUACACUACCCCAGCAUCAUUCGCUCGAAGCAGUAUCUACUCCUCUGAUAUUGGCAAGAUGAUUGGAUGCCCUAUCCUUCACGUUAAUGGCGAUUACCCCGAGGCUGUCGUUCGUGCCGUCGACGUAGCCUUCCGAUACCGUCAAAUGUUCCGUAAGGAUAUCAUCAUCGACUUGAUCUGUUAUCGACGAUGGGGACACAACGAACUCGAUGAACCGGCUUACACUCAACCUAAAAUGUACGAAAAGAUUCGAUCGAGAUCCUCUGUUCCUGAAUUAUACGAGCAAUCACUCAUCAAGGACGGGACAUUAUCCGAGUCCGACGUGGCGAGCGCGAGGAAACAAUAUGAAAGUGUUCUAGAAGAUGGAUUGGCUAAAGUCGAUGACUUCAAGCCGGAAUCGGACAUGCUCAAGGGCAAAUGGAGCAAGAUGGUUUGGCCGGCCAGCAAAGAUGCACAGCACGAACCGGAGACAGGUGUCGAGAUUAACGAGCUGAAAGCCGUGGCGGAGGCUAGUGUCAAAGUUCCUGAUUCAUUUACUGUCCACUCACGUCUGAAACGUCACAUUUCAGCUCGUCUGAAAUCCCUCGAUGCCAAAGUCGACUUCGCCACUGCUGAAGCCAUGGCGUUCGGCACGCUCAUGCAGGCUGGAUAUGAUAUCCGGAUCUGUGGACAGGACGUCGGUCGAGGCACAUUCUCGCAGAGACAUGCGAUGCUGGUGGAUCAAAACGAUGAGAGCUGCAUCAUCCCGUUGAAUGAGGCUAUUGAUUCGAGCAAGGGCAGGCUGGAGCUGGCUAACAGUUCACUCUCGGAGAUGGCUGUGCUUGGAUUCGAGGUCGGUAUGAGCUGGGCUAGACCGACGUUGUUGCCAAUCUGGGAAGCUCAAUUUGGCGACUUUAUGAACGGAGCUCAGAGCAUGAUUGACACUUUCGUCAUUGGUGCUCAAGCCAAAUGGCUCAAGCAGAGCGCACUCAUCAUGCAAUUGCCUCACGGGUUUGACGGUGCUGGACCGGAGCAUUCAUCCAGUAGAAUCGAGCGGUUCCUACAGGUGAGCAAUCAUUUUCCCCUAAGCCAAUGUCUUGUCAACGUAUCCAUCGUCAACCCGUCCACACCUGCUCAGCUGUUCCACUUGUUACGCCGACAAAUGUUGAGAAAUUACAGGAAACCAUUGAUCAUCGCAUCGCCAAAGGGUCUAUUGAGGUCCCCGGUAGCUGCAUCCCCCUUGAGCGAUAUGGGUCCUUCGACCUCAUUCCAAUUUGUCCUUGACUCGUCCACGAACUCGAAGGACGCAAAGACACUCGUGUUGUGCUCUGGAAAGCACUACUACACUCUUUCCGAAGCGCUCGGAACAGGCGCUGAAUCCAUCGCUUUGGUCCGAGUCGAGGAGCUUUCUCCGUUCCCCCGUCAAGCCAUCAAGAGCAUUCUUGACAAGUACACCCAGGCCAAGAAGAUUGUUUGGGCACAAGAAGAACCGGAGAACCAAGGUCCUUGGCCGUUCGUCAGAUCGAGAUUGGAAGAUGUCCUGAGGGAUUCUGGGCGGGACUCGCGAGUCGAGUACGUCGGAAGAAAGUCUUGUCCUACCGUUGCCGUAGCCGUUGGAGAAUGGCACAAGCGAGAAGCGCAAGAGAUUGUUCAGGGUGUUUUGGAUCUUGCAUAG